CAAUGUUUUUUCAGUUUUCAGUUUUGGUUUUCUGGGUCAGAAGACCACCUGAGCCUAAAGGCUGAGGCUGACAUGGCUCCUGAAAAGGAAAGUAAUGGCCUUGACAACUAUGCAUUUGGACUUGAAGGGCGCUUUUGUGAUCUUCCUGACACAAAACACAAAGAAGAACUGGACACCUCUCUGGACGAAGACAACAACAAACUAGCCUAUUGUGUGACUGAUGUGCCUCCUUGGUACCUUUGUAUCAUUCUUGGCAUCCAGCACUGUUUGACUGCGUUUGGAGGUAUCAUUGCUAUCCCGUUAAUCCUGUCUCAGGGGUUGUGUCUGCAGAAUGACGGCCUCACACAAAGCCACCUCAUCAGCACCAUUUUCUUCGUUUCUGGCAUUUGCACUCUGUUGCAAGUUACCUUCGGCAUUCGACUGCCAAUUCUCCAAGGUGGGACAUUCACACUACUGGCGCCUUCCAUGGCAAUGCUGUCCAUGCCAGAGUGGACUUGUCCUGCUUGGACCCAAAAUGCAAGCCUUGUCAACACCUCCUCCACAGAAUUCAUGGAAGUGUGGCAGAGUCGAAUGAGAGCGCUCCAGGGGUCCAUUAUGGUGGGCUCACUCUUCCAGGUGUUUGUUGGUUUCUCUGGUCUCAUUGGCCUCUUCAUGCGCUUCAUUGGACCUCUCACCAUCGCUCCUACCAUCUCUCUCAUUGGACUGUCCCUGUUUGACUCAGCUGGGAUCAGUGCUGGUAACCACUGGGGCAUCUCUGCCAUGACCACAGCACUGAUCAUUCUGUUCUCGCAGUACCUCCGUCACAUACCUGUGCCAUUUCCUACGUACAGCAAGGAUAGAAAACUGCACACCUCUCCUGUCUACGUCUUUCAGAUUCUCCCUGUAUUGCUGGGAAUCACUUUGUCUUGGCUCAUCUGCUACCUUCUCACGACCUACAAUAUACUUCCCUCUGACCCAGAACAAUAUGGUUACCUGGCUCGCACUGAUCUAAAGGGAAAUGUUAUGAGCCAAGCUCCCUGGUUUACUUUCCCAUAUCCAGGUCAGUGGGGGGUGCCCACUGUGAGUCUGGCAGGGGUGGUUGGCAUCUUGGCUGGUGUGAUUUCAUCAAUGAUAGAGUCUGUUGGGGACUACCACGCUUGUGCCAGGUUAUCUGGGGCUCCACCUCCCCCUAAACAUGCCAUCAACAGAGGUAUUGGUAUUGAGGGACUGGGCUGUCUGCUGGCUGGAGCCUGGGGUACAGGAAAUGGCACCACCUCAUACAGUGAGAACGUGGGAGCCCUCGGUAUUACAAAGGUUGGCAGUCGCAUGGUGAUAGUAGCCAGCGGAGUCUUGAUGGUUGUCAUGGGUGUUUUUGGUAAAGUGAGCGCUAUAUUCACCACUAUUCCAUCACCCGUGGUAGGAGGAAUGUUCAUGGUUAUGUUUGGGGUCAUUUCUGCAGCAGGAGUUUCUAAUUUGCAGUAUGCAGAUAUGAAUUCAUCUAGAAACAUCUUCAUCUUUGGCUUCUCCAUGUUCUCUGGUCUUGUCAUACCUAAUUGGAUAUUAAAGAACGUGAAAGCUAUUGAUACAGGUGUGGUUGAACUCGACCAGGUGCUGCAGGUACUUCUGACAACCAGUAUGUUUGUAGGUGGUUUCUUUGGCUUCGUACUGGACAACACAAUUCCAGGAUCAAAGCAUGAACGAGGCAUUCUCGCCUGGAACAAGGUUCACGAGGAUGACUCCAGCAACACACUGGAGAGUGGAGAAGUCUACAAGCUUCCUUUUGGCAUCAGUUCUUACGUGUCUUCUUCCUCCUGGCUCCGGUACAUACCGUUUUGCCCUCCCGUGCCCAGCUCCAUGGAUGGAUGUGGAGCAGACACUAAUGCCCUGGAACCUAAGCAGCCACUGGGACACCCAGAGCCUUCACAGAUCAUUGUUGGAGUUGCUCUGUGAGUCGCAUACUCACUCCAGCAUGCCAUUUUGCAAAUUUUGAAG